UAGCGGCCAUCUUUAGCCUCGUUUCAUUUCUGGUGAAGAUGGAAAAGAAGAUAGCUUCGCAAAGGCAUCACCUAUUUCAGAAACGAUGCAGGCCACCUUGCGGUCCAGACAAGAUGGCAGCUGAGCACAAGGCUUGGAAGCUCUACGGGAAGGUAGUUCGCGCACAAGAAAAUUGUGCAGAAUCCAUCGACAAUGAUUGCCAAUGUAAGCUAAUAGCCAGAAAGAACGAACGAACCAGCAAGGGAACUAAAGAACAACAGAGAGAGUGCAAGAGAGAACGAGAGGGGAAGCGAACCAACGAACGUUUUCCUUGCCGAAUCGUACCACCGACCGACGAUCACUACAGACCUCCCACCAACGAGCAACCAGGAAAACCACUGAAUGAGACAAAGAAAGCCGUUUGCUUUAAAACGUAGUCGCAUUUUCUUUUCUAAGCUACGUUGCAAGCUGCGUUGUGGUUUUGGUAGGUUCUGACACGUAAUGUUUUAGGGUACUGGGUGAUAAUAGGUGAUUUUUAUGUUUUUUUUUUAUUGUAGACUAGGUGUCGUCAUGUUGCACAAACGUGUUCCAGGUGGUUCUAGAUGAGUUCCAUUUGUUCCAUUGCUUUGGCUCGAAGCUGACUUUUUACCUGUCAUUGUAGACUCUGUACACUUGAGGCCACAAUUAUAACAAACCCACUGUCUAUUAAAUCGAAUAGCUUUCUUUGGCUCUUUCGCCCGUUUUCGUAGUUGGUGGGAUGUCUUUGAUGGUCGACGGUCGGACUCGGCAAAGAACAAGUUCGUUCGUUUCCUCGAUGUCUCGCUUGCUCUCGCUCUCUCACUCACUCGGACUAUUCCCUUACAUUUACUAUCAUCAUCAAUUGUUCCCGCGCAAUAUUUCUUUUUCUUCAUACAGCCUUAACCGAAAAAUUCCGCCCCUCGGAUCCCCUAAUAUUCUCGCUCAUGUGCCACAAUUAUUUUUAUGCCUGCUCCAAAUAAAACACAAAUUGUAUGUACAUAAACGGUGCAUUUUAGUGGGCUUCAUUGAACGAGCAGGAGGGUGCAAUCAAGUAGAUUUAAUGUAGGCAGUGCCUUUUCGCACGGCUUACACUGUCAAGCGUAGUUUGACUUUAGUAGCUUUCCUUUAUUUUCUACAGGCAUUACAACGACUUCUUGAAAUGCAUCGAAGAACUCGUGGUCUGCCGCCAACAAAGCAGCAUCGAGAUGUCGUUCAAACAUUUCACAGAAAUUCUCACAGAUGACUACAGGCACUCUUGCAGAGGCCUAAACAGAAGCAAUACUUGUGACAAGCUGACUUUGUUGAAGAACUUCUUCUCCUGCGGCCUGACGUACUGCCAUUCAUACAACACCUUUCUCCCGUCGUACGUGCAGGCUCUUCCACAAAUCUGCCGGAUCUUGGAGGACUUCUUGAACUGCACACACGAGCAAGUGUUGAUAAACACGUGCGGAUACACGGAGCUCUUCGCUAAUGUUAGGGCAGUCCGGGACUAUAUUGUCAACUCGGUUAACGAGAAACAUCAUUCAACCUGCACGAUUCCUCCUGGCAUGCAGAGGAGACGUGCGGCUGUCGCCGCGCGCCAGAGCUCGUGCGACGAGUUCGGUGCCGUGAAAAGGCUGCUGCUGUGUGGCGUCGCCUUCCACCGCAUGCUCUCCGGGUCCACUCCCUCUGCGAAAGGCUCCUCGUCCGCAGAAUUGACCGCAGUGGACAACGGGACAACGGCUGCGUUGUGCCCUUUGGUAAAGGAGAUGAAGUACUGCAUGAACUCGGCUAUCCACGACUCCGGUUGUCCGGAGAACGCGUUCCUCAGCACGGAGAUAUCGCUGCUAAAGAAGCGUCUUCUGGAGGAAUUUGAUAGCGUGUGCGACUAUGUGCCACUCUGGACCUACAAAAACAGCGAUCGUACGCCAAAUGAACUAGGAUGCGAGCUGAAGGAGUUCACCGAGGAGUGGGAGAUGUGCGAUGCGGCCGAGGGAAAGAAGGUCACCGACCCCUACUGGAAAGGCCCUGUACUGCAUGGCAAGGGCACCGUGAGCGACCGUCAACGCAGAAGGCUAUGCAGCGACCUGCUCAGCCAUCAGCAGUGCAUGCAGGAAUCGGCGACCAGGCACCACUGCCCGGACCUGGCAACCAGUCUUGUGGACAUGGGCGGGGCAGAACUGCUCGGAAGGAUUGGCUUUUUGGCGUGUUCCUCUUCCUCGCCCGACAGUCAACGGGCAGUCAUGUUGCUGCUUGCAGUAGGAGUAUCCCACUUGCUGGCACACCGACCCGCUGCUGUGUGCUAGUCGGAUCAGCCACAGGAAUAAUCACUGGCACUAGACUCAUGAGCAACUAAACAGGACACUCCUUAGGAUCUCUACAAAAACGGUUGCGCGCGCAAUGCUAUUCGCUGUUUUUCGCCUACGCUUUAAUUAACUUGACGAUGCCCUUUCAGGAUUGUGGUUGUUUGAGCCUUUUGGUUCAACAUAUUGGCAAAUUGUAGCGCACAAAAGCACGCAGACGCUAGCGCUCGUCUGUUGGUUCUUCCCUCUCUGUUUUUCUGUGCUACAAUUUGGCGGCACGUUUUCAUUUCGUUUUGACAUUGCAAAACUUGAUCGCUGCACUCACAACGUGAUGAUGAGAAAAGAUGACAGGUGCUGGGCGCAUGACGACGACGAUGGUCGGCGACACCCCAAACCUCGUUUUUCUAGAAAACCACUCACACCUUCCACAAUACGAGAGCGACUACAAAGCGCUGAUGAUGCAACCUUCGUCUUGUAUAUUCUUUUCGGAGGUCGUCAGACACAGGUCAUCGAGAACACUCGUUUUCCAUAAAAGUGGUCGAAACAGCUACGAAGCGACCACAAAAUGCGCAGAAGGGGUGUAAUCGGCUAUUAUCUUGAAAGUAAAAAGUGCUGUGCAUCUGUUUCACGGCAAGAAAUAUUAGGAUACAUUCAAUGCGUCGUUUUAGUCUAUAAUAUCGGAACAUCAUUCUUGGCAUACGGUAUUGAUUGUCGCCAGAACUGGUAUUAUGUAUGCUUCUAAUAGUUAUUCCUCCAUAGACGUAAUAAAUGUCUUCCUUGUCUCUGCUUCUUGCAAAGUUGUCGACUUCACUGAUAGAUUAAACUCCUUCCUCCUGUUUUUUUUUUCUCCAGACA